AUUGCAUCUGUCAUUUCUGUUCCUUUUCUCUUUCUCCAAGGAGAAGAGACUUUCUACAUUUUGUGACUGAAACCUACGCUUUUAUCUGGGGGACAAACAAUGCAAGAGAAUGCCUGCAGUGGAGAAAGUCAAUUGGAGAGUGUCUCAGAUUGUUCCCCAGAAUCCACUGACUUAUGCCUGCUAUCCUGCAUGGAGCCCUUUGCAGUCCGCAGGCUUUCCUGCCGGACCGUCCAGCUGCCCCCUUUGGCCUUCAGGCUGGCAGAGCAAUACUACUGUGAGAGGAAACCAGAGACAGAGACGGCCCAGCCUCGACCCACCAGCCUCCCCUUGAGAGCACCCCCCCUCAUCGCCAUCACUUCUGCAGAUGCAAGCAGGUUUUUGGUUUUUACAUGGCCUUGAGCCUCGAUGUUUGAUG